UGUUUUUGGCGGAGCUUAGUUGGACCAUAGUUAAAUUGGUACAGGUAGUCGACUGAUUGAAAAAUGAUUAAAAAAGAGCCCAUCAUCGAUGUAAAUCAAGGAGUAAGUCAUUUGAUUGGCAAAAGGAAACAUCAAAAUCCAUCUUUUUUCGUGAAAAAAGUGAAAAGUGUUUUAUUUUUUACCUCCAUUAACAUCAUCUUUUUCAUUAUUUUCAAUAUUCCAAUCAGCUAGCAAUCAAAAUGAGAGCAACAACAAUUUUCAUCUGUUUAUCAACAUUAAUGAUUGUCCUUUUGGUGUUCACUCCACAAUCAGCUUCAUCACUUUCUCGUCGUAAGAUGAUGAAGAUCAAGAAACUUGCUGCCUUGGCAAUGAUUUUGAAGCCAAAGAAAAAGAUGAUGCCAAUUCCGAUUCCAAUUCCAAUCCCUAUUUUCAAAGAUAAAAUGAUGAUGAUGAAGGGAAACAACUUCCAACAGGAUCAAUCUUUCCAAGCUCAACCCGCAAUGAUCCACGGUCAUUUGGCCUUCCAACCAGCCAUGUUUCACAGCCAUGUACCUAUGCAGCCUCCGGUUGUAUCUCAGCAAUAUCAUGCUGUACCCGUUCCAAUGCCUAUUCGAGUCCCUGUUCCAGUACCAGUUCAAGUUCCAGCUCCUGUCCAACCCUUGGUUGCUCUUGAAUACCACCAAGAACCUGCAACAAUCUGCCACCAUUAAAUGACUCAAGAUUUACUCAUGGUUUUUCUGGUCCUCCCAAAAUCCAUACAAUCAUGUAUCUUAUACUUUAAUCAGAAAAAAUCACUUUAAAUUAUUCCGUCGAAUCAGUUUAUUAUAACUUAAAUAACCACCACCUUCAUAGCCUCAAGAUUGUCAAAUAUUACCUACUAAUACUAACCAACUAUGUUACACUCAUUUGUCCAUUUUCAUAUUGUUACUGUUAAAUUAUUACUGAUUCACAUUCAUACUAAUAAAUACAAAUAUAUAUUUUGCUAUAAAU